AUGGCGGUAAGAAGGAGAGAGCGCUACAUGAGUUCAUUGAGUGAUAUACAGAUGGAUAGGUACGAAGAAGAGAAAAAAGAUGUGGGGAAGAAUAUGAUGAGCUUGAGGAAGAAGAAGCUGAGCAAGUACCUCGAGCUGAAGGAGAAGAAUAAGAAGAAGAUGAAGGCACAGAAAUUGAUCAACAAGAAGAAGCGAACCGAACUGCGACUACGUACACUGCGAUAUGAGAAGGAGUACGAAGAGGAACGAAAGAAAAUCGUACAACUUAAAAGAGAAGCAAGGAAAAACAAUUGCUUCUACAGGGAAGCGGAAAAGAAAGUCGUUUUUGUGAUCAGAUUGAAGGGUGUGAAUAAACUGUCCCCAAAGGUUCGAACCGUCUUUCGUCUCCUGAGGUUGCUUCAAGUACAUAACGGAGUCUUCGUGAAGGUGAACAAGGCUACAAAGGAAAUGCUAAAAAUUGUGGAGCCAUUCGUUACGUAUGGUUACCCAACCGUUUCGACCAUCAGGAAGUUAGUGUACAAAAGAGGUUACAUCAAAGUAGGAAAAGUGAGAAGGUAUGCCAGGAAAAAAAUUCAGGACAACAAUGAAAUUUCAAAACACCUAGGAAAAUAUAAUGUGCAUGGAAUUGAAGACAUGAUUUACCAACUGUACACUUGCGGGCCCGCUUUUAAAAAAGUAAAUAAUUUUCUGUGGGCCUUUAAGCUCAAGCCCCCCAAGAAAGGUUUCAAGGCCAAGCGACACGCAUUUAAUGAGCCCAGGCCAGGUGAUUGGGGAAACAGGGAGAACCACAUAAAUGAAUUAAUCAAGAGGAUGAUCUAA